UCCUCCUCCUCCUCCUCUUCCGCCUCACAAACAAACAAAAAGUCUUGUUAUGAAACUCCCAAGGAGGCGCUUCUUUCCCGCGCCUUUCAGGGAAACACAAGCGUCUGAAGAGGAAAAGGAGGAGGAGGCGAAGGAGGCCGCGGGUGAGUGUUUGAACAGAAUGGCCCCUGGAAAAGAUUCAAAAGACAAGAAGCAUCUCAGGACAUGUGGAAGUACAUCAGAAAAAGAGAUGAAAUCAAAUAGGAAAAGAAAACGUGACUGUGAAGAUCUAGAAAAUGGGCCACAAACCAAAAAAAUAAAUGUGAGGAAAGCUCCCAAGAGUCUGGACAAAGCAGGAAAACCUUUCAGUUGCACCAUGAUCCGAAACAGAGGGGUGUUCUCCCAUCAGCUGGAAAUGCAGAAAAACAUUGUCCAUUAUAUUUAUCAGAACAUGCUGGGAAGCACUAUCAGGGCACAGCUGAAAAAGUGCCUUCAGGUGCCUUUUGUGCGUUCUCUCCAUUCAUACCGCCUGUUUCGAUCAGCAAGUCCUUUCAGUAGAAGAAUUACAUGUUUGGAAUGGCAUCCAACGCACCCCAGCACAGUUGUUGUGGGCUCCAAAGGCGGAGACAUCAUCCUGUGGGACUAUGAAGUGCUUAAUAAAACCUGCUUCAUAGAAGGAAAAGGCCCAGGAGACUCUCUUGGAAGCAUGAAAUUCAGCCCGUUUGAGUUGGAAAAACUUUAUGUGGCAUCAGGGGAUGGCACCCUUAGACUACAUAACCUUGAGGGCCAAACUGCACAUGUGAUCUCUCGGACCCCAGCCUGUGACCAUGAAUUUCAUGAUGUUUGUUUCUGGUACUGCAGUGUUGAUGUAUCUGCAACAUGCCGGACUCUGGUGACGGGUGAUAAUGUGGGCAAUGUCAUCCUGCUCAGUACCGAUGGUGAAAAGAUAUGGGAUCUGAAACUGCACAAAAAGAAAGUGACUCAUGUGGAGUUUAAUUCUCGCUGUGAUUGGCUCCUGGCUACAGCCUCAGUAGACCAGACAGUUAAAAUAUGGGAUCUAAGAAACAUAAAGGACAAAUCAAGUUGUCUUCACGUACUUCCACAUGACAAAGCAGUCAAUUCAGCAUAUUUCAGCCCAACUGAUGGUGCAAAGCUUCUGACUACUGACCAGCACAGUGAAAUCCGGGUUUAUUCAUCUUCUGAUUGGUCCAAACCACAGCAUUUGAUUUCACAUCCCCAUCGCCAGUUCCAGCACCUUACACCUAUCAAGGCAACAUGGCAUCCUCGUUAUGAUCUCAUUGUGGCUGGUCGUUACCCAGACCCUCUUUUCCCAGGAUACACAGCAGAUGAGCUGAGAACUAUUGACAUAUUUGAUGGAAAUAGUGGAGAGAUGGUGUGCCAGCUCCAUGAUUCAAAUGCUUUGGGCAUUAUCUCACUCAACAAGUUUAACCCUAUGGGAGACACGCUGGUCUCUGGAAUGGGAUUCAAUAUUCUUAUCUGGAGCCGUGAAGAGAUGGUGGCUGAAAAGCAGGAGCGUCUCAUGCAAGCUAUGGCAGAGCAAGGAGUUGGAUGCAGUAAUGUAUCUCGACAAGGAGGAAGAAGACAGAGGCUGUCAAAUCCAGGAACAAGCAAACUUAAAACUAAACUACUCAGUCUUGAAUUAGAGAGCUCUAAAACUCAGACCAAAGAACAGAAAUUUCAAGAGAAGAAGAAAAGGAAGAAUGCAGAGGACUAAUCAGGCAAGCUUUUCUGUAGUGUAGGAUCAGAACAAAACAUAUGCUGCCAUGGUGGGCUGGAGUGGCUUCAGAGGUGGCAAACCCUUUGCUCCCAUUAUGGAAUCUGGGUUGCAAAAAUAAGGCAUUCUUUAUUAAAGACAAUGAUGAAUAAAUGUUCACUUGGAUUUAAAUGGGAUGAAAGAACCACCAUAUUUGUGCAUAGCCACUGUUUUUUAAUUGCCUACAGCAUGGCACGCACAGAGCAGCAAUCUGGAGUAUGCUGGCAAUUCAGGUUGUUUUUCAGAACAUUCAUUUUACUUUCAGCAAAUUGACCAGCCAGUUUAUCCUCCUUUGCUGGGCCCAUAUUAAAAAGGAACACGGGUCUUUAUUCCCUCAAACUCUUCUUCCAGUUGAGCUUUUUAGGGCAACAGUUAAUCUGGUCAUAUUUGCAUGUGUGAGAAAGUUACCCAGUAUUUCAAACUUGAUUGGGACCUAGAUUUAGAUUGUGUAGGACCAAAGGCUCAUUGAGCCAAGAUAUGUGAGUGUAAAGGUUUUGUUACAGCAGUUUUUGUUAUUAUGUUCUUUUGUUCAGCACUUACUCACUAUCCAAAUGCUAAUAAAUAUUUUGUAUGAGACAAGUUGUUGUUGUUGUAGGCCUAGAAAAAUGAAGCUUUUAUUCAAGGAUUUUGUGAACUCUUUAGUCAAGGAAAUUGUCAAGUUUUGUGCCUGGAAUAAAUAAACAGUCGGUCUUCAACCUUCAUAGGUUGGGAUGCAAAAGCCCUACGAAACUGGAAAAAAUGCAAAUAUAAAUAAAAAGUAUUAAUACUGUU